GGCGACAGGGAACUAGACAAAGGCCCUGCCUUCAUGAACUUGCACCCCAGGGGAGGAAUACAGGCACUGCAGUUUGUAGGCAGAUAAAGAAGAUAAUUUCAGAUAGUGGCAUGUGCAACUGGAAGGGAGUAGCAGGAUAGUCGGAGGAGGGAUGGGGAGCCAUGCUUUUGCUCUGGUGGUCAGGACAGCCUGUCCUUGGUGACAUUUGAGCCGGGAUCGAAGGGUACACAAACAGGAGGCAGCCAAGGGAGGAGUCUGGGGCAGAGGGCUGUGUAGCAAGUGCAAGGGAAUUGGGGCAUCUGAUCUAUGCUUUUACAGGAAUCACCCCAGUGGCUCUGGGAAGAGGGACAGACCUAGGGACGGGAUGUAUGGGAGAGGGACGACAGCGUAAAAAGGGAAAUCAUUAAGUCCAUUCUGGACAGAUUAAAGAGGUAGUCACUGUGGGGCCCACAGAUCAGGAUGUACUGCAGGCAAUUUGAUACUCUUACUUAGAAUUUGGGAGGGGGAUUGGAUAGAUUUGGAAAUUACCAGCAGCAAGAAUAAUAUUUAAUGGUUGGGAGUGGACAAAGAUGCCCAGUAAAAAUGGAAACAAAUUGGGAACAACUGCCAAGGACAGAAGCCCAGAAAGCCACAAAUAUUAUGGAUGACUGGCCAGGGUAUGACUUGAAUUUAUUCACAUACCCACAGCACUAUUAUGGAGAUUUGGAAUAUGUCCUUAUACCUCAUGGCAUCAUUGUGGACAGAAUCGAGCGGCUGGCUAAGGAUAUUAUGAAAGACAUAGGAUAUAGUGACAUCAUGGUCCUGUGUGUGCUUAAAGGAGGUUACAAAUUCUGUGCCGAUCUCGUAGAGCACCUUAAGAACAUCAGCCGAAAUUCAGAUCGAUUUAUCUCCAUGAAGGUUGAUUUCAUCAGACUAAAAAGUUACCGGAAUGACCAGUCCAUGGGCGAGAUGCAGAUAAUAGGAGGAGAGGAUCUUUCGACGCUGGCUGGAAAGAAUGUUCUCAUUGUUGAGGAUGUCGUUGGAACCGGGAGAACCAUGAAAGCCCUGCUCAGCAGCAUAGAGAAGUACAAGCCCAACAUGAUUAAGGUGGCCAGUUUGUUGGUGAAGCGAACAUCCAGGAGCGAUGGCUUCAGACCCGACUAUGCUGGAUUUGAGAUUCCAAACUUAUUCGUGGUGGGAUAUGCCUUAGAUUACAAUGAAUACUUCAGAGAUCUGAAUCACAUAUGCGUGAUCAAUGAACACGGUAAAGAAAAAUACCGAGUCUAAAGAUGUCAGUUCUCACCAUCGGAUUCCCAGACAGCAGCACUUGUGACCGUACUCGGGAAGCCAGCUGGAAACUGUGUCUCUCCAAACGUCUUCGCUCAGCAGGAUGUAAAAGAAAAAAAAAAUGUUUGAAUGAGAGCCCUGUCUUUUCUGAGAUUAUAAUAGAAAGAGUACCAAAGGUUCUUAAGGAAAAGAAAGCAAUGCUUUUAUUUGACUUGUUGCAAAUUAAACACUCCGCCUUAUGACUCACCAGCACUAUCUACCUUCACACUCCUGCGCUACACCUUCCAUUGUUGUCAUACGGUCAUUAAGCUGGAUUGCCACUCCUGAGAUACCCCCACCUAGUUACUCAAAUAUUUUUCACUUAACAUUUUUUUAAUACUCUAUUUUGGUAAUAUUCUUACAGUGUUCAAAACCUGGGAAUCCUUCCACUUAAGCCCUGAGUGCCAUAUAUUAGGAAUGCAACUAGGUUCCCAUACUAAAAAAAGAGGGUGGAAAAGGACAAUUUAAUAUAAAUUUUUGUUUGCGCUUAUCUGACAGGCCAUUAUUAUCUGCUUUGACAAAGCCUUUCUGGAACGCGGCGCACAAUGAAUCUUAAUGAUGUUAUGAAAUGAGCCUUUGCUUAGCGCUGAGGAUUGGAGCUUCCGGCGUGUCGUGACGGCAUGUCACGAAUGCAUGGACGUACUCAACUGUGUUUAAUACUCUGAAUUUUAAUUAGCAAAAACACAAUGGCAGCACGGCUCUGGUUUCUAAGCUGCAUCCUUUUAUUCACGUGGGACACGAACAAAUGGCAGAAUUGGGGGGGAGUGUUUUCAGUGCUCAAAACUAAGCGAGCAUAAAUUUUUCCUCUUAUUUGCAUCGAAGGACAAGACAGUUACGUACUCUCUUAAACAUGAAAACAGAGAUCGAAUUAUUUUUUAAGUGUCCUUAUAAGACUGAUCACAAAAUCCAAGGUACUAUAAGAAACAAGCAUACUUAAGAAAGUUUUUUCUGAAUAACAGGGUUUUUUUUUCCAUUUCCCCAUUGUAUGAGACAUUUUCUAAUUUAUGGGGAUUUUAAUUGAAAAUAAACUUGAGUGUCAAUAGAGCUGUUUUUUUUUCUCACUUCCUAAAAAAAGCAAAUGCAAAAUAAAUAACUAAGCAGCCUUUGUUUGCUUCUGAACCGUAUGUGGCAUAUUGUUAUUAGGUUCUAGCUUCCUUUAAACUAAUAAAGAAUAAGAAAACUUGUUAUGUUUUA